AUGGCUGCUGCCGCUUCCGCACCCGAGGCCACUGGCCCGCGCACUCGCACCGAGAACCUAUUCGCAGGCAGCGAGGGCAUCUACCACCUCCCGCACCACGCGAAGGAAGUCGACCGGCUGCAGAGGCAGUCGGAGUUGAUCCUCUCUUCAACGCAAAAUGUGCUGAUCACGGCGCCCCUGAAGCCGGGCAAAGUCAAAGUUCUUGACUCCGGCGCUUCCGAUGGCUCCUGGCUCCUGGACGUCGCCCGUCUCUACCCCAAUCACGACUGGUCGCUCCACGGCGUAGACAUCGGCUCCGCUCUCUUCCCGCCCAAGACCGGCCGUUACGCAGCCCUCGACCUGCGCGAGUUCAACAUCAAAUCAGCCACCCCACCGGAACCGUCAUGGGCCAACAGCUUCGACCUCGUCCACCAGCGCCUGCUGGUCUGGGGCCUGCAAAAGGACGAGUGGCUCCCCGUGGUCAAGAACCACUUCCACCUCGUCAAGCCUGGCGGUUGGAUCCAACUCGCUGAAGUGCAAUGGGUACCUCGCGGCGCAGACUAUGACGCGCUGCCGCCGAUCCUGAAAAGAAUUACCGCCUUUCAACAAUGGACGACGGAGUUCUUCGGUAUGGACGUUGACGCGGCGUAUCGUCUGGAAGAUUGGAUCAAAGAGGCUGGGUUUGUGAACGUGCAGAAGACGUCGUUUACAUUGGGGUAUGGUGCUGCGGCGCGUGAGGAGGCGUGGCAAAAGCCGUCGGCGGAGAUGUGGCUGGAGACGUUUGGGGGGUUGCGGAGUAAGGUGCCGGAGGGGGGGAUUCCGGGGCUGUUGGACAGUGUGGAUGAGUUUGACAAGUUCUUGGAGGAGAUUGUGGCGGGGGUGUUGGAGUAUGGGUAUCGGCCGACGCUGAACUUUGUUAUUGGGCAGCGUCCGGAGUAG